GCCUCGAGGUAGACUUAUGGUUGACGUGGUUCCUUUCAUCCUGUCGGUUCCAGUAAUUCGCCUGUCGAGAUUGCCCGUGCCAGUCGGCCACAUCGCUCCUUUCACCUUCGCCCGCUCGUUCUCCCCAGAAAGUUCGCCCUGGAUGUCAAUUUCCACUCCUUUCCCUCGUUCCUAGGACCUGUAGGAGACAGUCGUCCAUAUAGCCCCUGAUGGCGGUGGUUCAGUUCGGGAACGAUGGUGAAGCAAACGUCUCGAAGCCGGUCCGCCGAAUGCGAUGGGCAACACAGCGACAUGCGGGUUCCAGAGGAAUUAAGAAGCGGGUGUCCAUCAUAGAUAGAUUUCAUCGCAGACUGAACUCUAAGGAAGAGAAGCGCAAAUCCGCUGCAAAUGGUUUGCCCAACGGCAGGCACUCUCCGACAGGAAGCGAGUCGGAAGAGGGCCAGCGGAGGAUAUACUUCAACACACCGAUACCGCCGGAAGAUAGGGACGAAGACGGCAAUCUAGUGGCCGAUUAUGCUAGGAACAAAAUCAGAACUGCAAAGUACACGCCCCUAACUUUUAUUCCUAAGAACUUAUGGUUUCAGUUCCACAAUAUCGCCAAUGUUUACUUUCUGUUCAUUAUCAUCCUCAGUUUUUUUCCGAUUUUCGGUGCUUCGAAUCCGGGGCUGGGUGCUGUUCCCCUAAUUGCUAUCUUAACAAUCACUGGCAUCAAAGACGCGAUCGAAGACUGGCGUCGAACCGUUUUGGACAAUGAGUUAAACAAUUCGCCAAUCCAUCGGUUGCUGGAUUGGAAUAAUGUGAAUUCUACUGAGGACAAUAUCUCCCUCUGGCGUCGAAUAAAGAAAGCGUCCACCAGGGGCGUAAAACGAACGUGGAAGUCCAUUAAACGCUUGCGACAUGGCGAGCCUCACGAACCCGUUGACGAGACGCCCGACAGGCGUGGUUCUAUCGCGACCACACGGCGAGGUUCCGUAUAUUCAAUCAGGACUUCUUUCCAAUCCACGCGUGCUGAAGAGGCCGACGAUGGGAUACCAAUGACGCCCAUUCAGUCGCCUUCUUUGAAUAGGCGACAGACUCAAUCAAGCGCAUGGGGUUCAGAAGAAACUACUCAACUCGAGGACGAGUCUUCGUUGCCUCUCUCAAGUGGAAAUCCAUCGUUAGCUACGCAUCUCGCCCCCGAAUCCUUGGGUUUCGAGGGUAUACCCAUCGCCCCUAAAAGCUACGGCAGUGUCUUGGACAAAACAAAACAGACCCCGGGGACGGCUAGGUUUGCGCGAGACUAUUGGAAGAAUGUCCAGGUUGGAGAUUUUGUCCGUAUCUAUAACGAGGAGCAAAUUCCUGCUGAUGUUGUUAUCCUGUCUACCUCCGAUCCCGAUGGUGCUUGUUACGUGGAGACAAAGAAUCUGGAUGGCGAGACAAAUCUUAAAGUUAGACAGGCUCUUCAUUGUGGGCGCGCCGUCAAACAUGCAAGGGACUGCGAAAAGGCUACUUUCGUCAUCGAGAGCGAGUUGCCACAUGCCAACCUCUACCAAUAUAAUGGUGCCGUUAAAUGGAAUCAACGCAACCCGAAAGACCCUGAUGCACCGGUGAAGGAAAUGGUCGAACCUAUCACCAUUAACAACAUGCUUCUUCGUGGCUGCAGCUUGCGAAAUACUGAAUGGGUUCUCGGUGUGGUUGUCUUCACCGGUUUACAAACUAAAAUCAUGCUCAAUUCUGGCGAGACACCACGAAAACGUGCCAGGUUAGCGAAGGACCUCAAUUGGAACGUCAUAUACAAUUUCAUUCUCUUGUUUUUCAUGUGCCUUGUCGCCGGCAUUGUCCAAGGGGUGACCUGGGCUCGUGGUAAUAAUUCACUGGACUGGUUUGAAUUCGGUUCUUACGGAGGUUCACCGUCCGUCGAUGGUUUCAUCACAUUCUGGGCAGGUGUCAUUCUAUUUCAGAACCUUGUCCCAAUUUCCCUUUAUAUCUCUCUCGAAAUUGUGAGAACUAUCCAGGCCAUCUUUAUCCACAGUGACAAUUUUAUGUUCUACGAAAAGCUACAGUAUCCAUGCACGCCAAAGUCGUGGAACAUAUCCGACGAUCUUGGCCAGAUCGAGUACAUAUUUUCGGACAAAACGGGCACUUUAACCCAGAACGUCAUGGAAUUCAGAAAGUGUACAAUCAACGGCGUUUCUUAUGGAGAAGCCUACACUGAAGCACAAGCUGGCAUGCAACGGCGGGAGGGAAUCGACGUAGAAGAAGUAUCUAGAAAGGCUAAAGAAAACAUCGCCAAAUCGCGGGUGUUGAUGGUUCAGCAGCUUCGGUCCAUCCACGACAAUCCCUAUCUCCAUGAUGAUAACCUUACUUUUGUAUCACCGGAUUUUGUUUCUGACCUUUCUGGUGAGUCCGGAGAUGAACAACGAAAAGCUAAUGAGCACUUCAUGCUAGCUCUAGCUUUGUGUCAUACCGUCAUCACGGAGCGAACGCCUGGUGAUCCUCCCAAAAUUGAUUUCAAAGCUCAGUCACCAGAUGAGGCAGCCUUGGUUGCUACAGCCCGCGAUUGCGGUUUCACCGUUCUUGGGCGAUCCGGUGAUGAUAUCAAGGUGAAUGUUAUGGGUGAAGAACGCUCCUAUACUGUCCUUAAUACCCUGGAAUUCAAUUCUUCCAGGAAAAGAAUGAGCGCUAUUGUGCGAAUGCCUGAUGGGAAGAUUAGAUUGUUUUGUAAAGGCGCAGACAGUAUAAUCUAUUCACGAUUGGCUCGUGGUGAGCAGCAAGAACUUAGAAAAAAGACGGCAGAACACCUGGAGAUAUUUGCAAGAGAAGGGCUACGGACGCUUUGCAUUGCUGACCGUGUCCUCAGCGAAGAGGAGUACCAGACUUGGAAUAAAGCACAUGAGCUUGCAGCCGCCGCAUUAGUAGAUCGUGAUGCGAAGCUCGAAGAAGUUUCCUCCGCCAUUGAGCGAGAGCUCACGCUGCUUGGCGGCACUGCUAUUGAGGAUAGGCUUCAGGAAGGGGUGCCCGAUACUAUCGCUCUGUUGGCCACUGCUGGAAUCAAGCUCUGGGUCUUAACAGGAGAUAAAGUGGAAACCGCAAUCAACAUUGGCUUUUCAUGCAAUCUAUUGACGAAUGAGAUGGAGUUGAUCAUCUUCAAUAUCGAUAGCGACGACCCGAGUUCCGCGUCGAAAGAGCUGGACAGUCAUUUGGCUGAUUUUGGCCUCACUGGGUCAGAUGAAGAACUUGCUGCGGCUCGGGAAAAUCACGAACCACCAGACCCAACCCACGCUGUGGUUGUUGACGGUGACACCCUGAAACUCAUGCUGGGACCUGAGCUGAAACAAAAAUUCCUUUUGUUGUGCAAACAGUGCAGGGCUGUUCUUUGUUGUCGAGUCAGUCCUGGCCAGAAGGCUAGCGUCGUUCAGAUGGUCAAGGAAGGCCUGAACGUGAUGGCUCUCUCUAUUGGUGACGGGGCCAACGAUGUUGCGAUGAUCCAAGAAGCAGACGUUGGCGUAGGUAUUGCGGGUGAAGAGGGUCGACAAGCUGUUAUGUCGUCCGACUAUGCUAUUGGACAAUUCCGAUUCCUACAGAGGUUGGUUCUAGUUCAUGGAAGAUGGUCUUAUCGCCGCUUGGGUGAAACGAUUGCCAACUUUUUCUACAAGAACCUUGUGUGGACAUUCGCUCUCUUUUGGUACUGCAUAUACAACAAUUUCGAUUUGUCCUACCUCUUCGAUUACACUUAUAUCAUCUUAGUCAACUUGGCCUUUACAUCUCUGCCUGUGAUUUUGAUGGGUGUUCUUGACCAAGAUGUGGAUGAUAAGGUGUCCUUGGCUGUUCCGCAGCUCUACAAGAGAGGUAUUGAACGUAAAGAAUGGACUCAACGCAAAUUCUGGCUGUAUAUGCUCGAUGGCUUCUAUCAGUCGGUUAUAUGCUUUUAUAUGACAUACCUACUUUACCAGCCGGCUCAAAACGUGACAGAAAACGGUUUAGAUCUUAAUGACCGCAUGCGAAUGGGAAUUUUUGUUGGCUGUAGUGCUGUGGUUGCCAGCAACGUCUAUAUUUUACUCAACACUUACCGUUGGGAUUGGCUUACCGUUUUAAUUAACGCCAUAAGCUCACUCCUCAUUUGGUUUUGGACCGGUGUCUACUCAUCGGUUCUUGCCUCUGGGCAAUUUUACAAGUCUGGAGCUGAAGUUUUUGGGAGCCUUUCUUUCUGGGCUUUGACAUUACUGACGGUGACGAUAUGUCUGGCGCCAAGAUUUGCGAUCAAAUCCUUCCAGAAGAUAUACUUCCCGCGUGACGUGGAUAUUAUUCGUGAACAGGUGAUAAUGGGCCGUUUCAAACAUCUCGAGAACUUCGAGGCCUAUGUUCCUCCUACGGCUAGAGCUCCCUCAUUCCCAGAUUCAGAUCUAGGUAAACCGGUUGAGGUGACACCGAACAAAGGAACCACAGAUAUACCUGAAGACGAGCGACCUAUCUAUCCUCCGUCGGUAGCGCCUACAGCACACACACACAACCCACGUAGUCAAAAUGGCAGCGAUGGCACUGGGUAUACGGCAAGCCUCGACUUCAGACAUCAACCUCAGCAUUCACUUGAUCGUAACACACGGCAGUCGCUGGAUUUCCGACAUUAUCCACGGCAUUCGAUCGAUAGAACACGACAAUCAUUUGAACAAGGCCGGUCCUCGAUGGAACGAGCUCGAUCUAGCUUUGAAGCGAGCAAUGACUUCACGUCGGCUGCAAUGCUAGCACGUAUGGAAUCUACCCAUGGCAGAUAUGAUCGCCAAGGGCACAAGUCGAUACCCGAACAUUGAAACUCGUCGCUCUUACAUUCUGUACCCACUCUUACUACUUUGUCUGUGAUUCACGAUCUUUGCUGCGACCAUUUAAUUGUGUUGGGUUUCCCCCAACUCUUCCUUCACCACAUAUUCCGUUUUUGUGUUUACGCGCCCUCGAGAUAUCUAUGAGCUACAUGUGCCAUUUUCCUUGCUUUCUACCUCCUAACGAGGACCCUUUUCCAUCCAAUUUUUUCUCUUUUUCUUUUCUAUUAAUCGUGUAAUCAUUAGAGGCGUUCUGUGACUCGUUUCGUUUUACUUGUCGAGCUGUGUCUGGUGUCUUUUCCCGAUCCCUGGAUUUUCCACAAAAUAUUGAGCCUCAGAUUCUUGUCCUUUUUUCCCCCUUUCCUGAAAAGAACAGUUGGGCAUGGAUGGACAGCCAAUUUUCUGCCCAUGGUAUAUAUGUUAUUAUUAAUUGUUUUCCCUAUUUUGACGAACCAUGGUGUAUAAAAUUUUCCUCAUCGACUGCGGAUUGCUUUGUCUACUUUUCCAUACCCUUCCAUGGUUUCUUACUUCAAUCCGCUCCUUCAAGGAUGUCAUUUUCAUUUCACUUUGCAUACCCCUUGUCUCUAUGUAGUCCUUUCUUCCUUGGGAUUGGCCAUUUCUUUUUCUUGUUGCUGGGAAUGAUAUUUUGUGGCUUGGCUUGUUAACAGGAGGACAUGCAUAUACAAUUUUAAGUGAAGCUUUUUUCUCCGUA